GCCGCCGUUGUUGAUUUUUGUCGACGCAGUGCUCUGUCCGCUUGAUGCCGAUUCUUGUUAAAAAUUUUGCGAAUUUUUUACAAAUAUUGACAAACAAAAAAAUUUAGUUUACCUGCUAUUGAUUUAAAAAUAAAAAUCAAUUUAUUGAUCUAAAUCCUUGAAAAGUAAACAUUGAUAAAAAAGGACUAGAGACGAAAAGUGUCUACAGGAAAAAAUGGCACCGCCAAAAAGCGGAAACCAGAAUGCUAGAGGACGAGGGGGACGUUCUGAUGGCGGUGGCUCCAGAGGCCGUGGUGGUGGAUUCGCGGGUAACAAUAGGGGUCAUGUAAGAAAUGGUCGUGUUGAGAGACCUGGUCGUCCUUCAGGUAGUGGAGGUGGUGGUCAUUCGGGAGGUGGCUUUGGACGUGACCAACGUUUAAGAUUUGGUGGUGGUGGCGGUAAUAGAGGCAUGAAUAAUAAUAGAAAUCCCGAUGACUUUUCAAAUCUGCGAGAGAUUAAUUGGAUGCAGGUACGUUUGCCGCCCUUUCAAAGGGAUUUUUACAAGGAGCAUCCAAAAACCAGAGCACGGCCCAUGAACGAAGUGGAACGUUAUAGAGCGGCCAAUGAAAUUACUGUACGCGGGCCUGCUCCAAAACCAAUAAUUUACUUUGACGAAGCCUGCUUUCCGGACUAUUGUAUGAAUGAGAUACGACGUCAAGGCUACAGUGAGCCCACGCCUAUACAAGCUCAGUCUUGGCCCAUAGCUAUGAGUGGUAAUAAUCUGGUCGGUAUUGCAAUGACUGGUUCUGGGAAAACUUUAGCUUUCAUUUUGCCUGCCAUUGUCCACAUAAAUCAUCAGCCGCCUUUGGCAAAUGGCGACGGUCCCAUAGCUCUGGUAUUGGCACCAACCAGAGAAUUGGCUCAACAAAUUAAAAAAGUGGCUGAUGAUUUUGGUUCACAUGUUUAUGUCCGCAAUACGUGUAUUUUUGGUGGCACACCGAAAACGCGACAAACAAAUGAUCUUGAAAGUGGAGUGGAACUGGUUAUUGCAACACCCGGCCGUUUGCUAGACUUCUUAGCUAACGGGGUAACAAAUAUGAAACGUUGUACAUAUUUGGUACUCGACGAAGCCGAUCGUAUGUUGGAUAUGGGUUUUGAGCCACAAAUACGUAAGAUAUUAAGUCAGAUACGACCAGAUCGUCAGAUUUUAAUGUGGAGCGCCACUUGGCCAAAAGAGGUUCGUCAACUAGCUGAAGAUUUCCUGGGUAACAAUUACAUACAGAUAAACAUCGGUUCUUUGGAACUCUCAGCCAAUCACAACAUACGCCAAUAUGUUGAUGUCUGUCACGAAACAGACAAAGGCUCAAAACUUAAGAGUUUACUGUCAAAUAUUUAUGAUCAACCUCAUCCCGGUAAAAUUAUCAUUUUCGUUGCUACCAAAAAGAAAGUCGAUGAAUUGGCACGUUUUAUUAAUGGCUUUGGUGUACAAGUUGGUUCCAUUCAUGGCGAUAAAUCGCAAUCAGAUCGUGAUAAUGUUUUAUCUGACUUCCGCAAUGGUCGUUCCAAUAUAUUAGUGGCUACAGAUGUGGCAGCUCGUGGUUUAGAUGUCGAUGGCAUUAAAUAUGUUAUAAAUUUCGAUUUUCCCCAAUCAUCGGAGGAUUAUAUUCAUCGUAUAGGACGUACUGGACGUAAGCAUUCUACUGGUACAUCGUAUGCAUUCUUUACAACUAAAAAUGCUAAAUGUGCCAAGGCAUUGGUGGAUAUAUUGCGAGAGGCCAAUCAAAAUGUUAAUCCGGAUUUAGAGUAUAUGGCUCGUAAUGCCGCAUCUAUAUUAAGUAAAGAGAAAAACAAUAAUCGUGGUAAUAACAUGAAUGGUUUUAAUAAUAGAGGAGGCAACAGCGGUGGAGGUGGUCAUAGAUUUGGUAAUGGUGGUGGAAAUUUCGGCAAUAACAGAGGAGGAGGAGGAGGUGGUGGCGGUGCCAUCAGACCUCGGAAUGCCUACAAUUCUAGAAAUUAAAGAAAUUUAUUUUUUUCGUUUUUUUUUUCUUUUUUUAUUUAUUUUACAAUUACUUUAUUCUUAUUUCUUGCUUGCAAGUUAUAAAACAAUUACGGUCAAUCUCUUCAACAACUUAAGAAAACAAUUUAAUUAGUAAAGAUUCUUAAAUUGUUCUCAGAAGCCGUAUUCUAUUUAUUUUGUUAUUGAUUAAAGCAAGAAUCUUCUUGUCCUUAAUUUCUUUUUUUGUUUUUUUAAAUUUUUUCUUGCAAAACAAAAUCUCUUUACUGAUUCCAUAUAAACAAUUAAACACUUUUAAGAAUUACACAUCUAACUACUGUGUAGCAUUUAAAUACCUAAUUAAAAACAUUAUCAGAAAGCAGAGGUGAGCAUUACUAUUAUAUUUCAAACUAA